UCCUUCCGCUGGAGCCGCGGGGCCUCAUGGAAGGCAUGGAGGACGCCGGAGAGGGCGCCACAGCGCCGGAAGCCAGGGUGCACUUCCCCGUGGCGAGGUUCUUCAUCAUGGAGGCAGGUGUCAAGCUAGGGAUGCGGUCCAUUCCCAUUGCCACUGCUUGCACCAUUUACCCUAAGUUCUUCUGCGAGACCAUCGUGGACGCCUUUGACCCUUACCUGAUUGCCAUGUCUUCCAUUUACUUGGCCGGCAAAGUGGAAGAGCAGCACCUGUGGGCUCAUGACAUCAUCAAUGUGUCCGACAGGUACUUCAACCCAAGCAGUGAGCCCCUGGAAUUGGACUCCCGCCUCUGGGAGCUCCGGGACAGCAUUGUGCAGUGUGAGCUUCUCAUGCUGAGAGUUCUGCGCUUCCAGAUCUCCUUCCAGCAUCCACACAAGUACCUGCUCCACUACCUGGUUUCCCUCAAGAACUGGCUGAACUGCCACAGCUGGCAGCGGACCCCCGUUGCCGUCACUGCCUGGGCCCUGCUGCGGGACAGCUACCACGGGGGGCUGUGCCUCCGCUUCCAGGCCCAGCACAUAGCUGUGGUGGUGCUCUACCUGGCCCUGCAGGUCUAUGGAGUCGAGGUGCCCGCCGAGGUCGAGGCUGAGAAGCUGUGGUGGCAGGCGUUUAGUGACGACCUUACCAAGCCAAUCAUUGAUAAUAUUGUGUCUGAUCUCAUUCAGAUUUAUACCAUAGACACAGAGAUCCCCUAAGGCCCUGGCCCAGGCCUGCCCAAAGAGAAGCCCAGGAUGGUCAGCUGCCUGGGGACAUUGCCACCACAUCGCUAUGAUGGCUGGUCCCCAGAGGACCAGCUGGGAGGACUGGUUGUGCUGCUGGAGAAGGGCUGGUGCAGGCGAUGACAUGCUGCCGCUUU